CCCUCUCUCUCUUACAUUAGAGUAUUCCAUCUUUCGCUCGCAUCGCACUCGCAUUGACAGUGUUAAAUGAAGGCGCUCAUCAUGGCGCACGUCGUGGCAGUUUUUGCGCACCUGUACCCAGCUGUGUUUAUCGCUUUCGCGUGGAUGUCACUGAGCGGACCGAUUUCAUGUCACAGCGGCGUUAUAAACCGGAGAACCGUACGGGACCUAGAGCUUGACAGCCACGGUGGGCAUGUCAUCGGCAGAGAUGAACCGCUUAUCUCAGCGCCCAGCCGCGGAGAUUACAGCGGGGACCCGGGCGGAGUUCCCCGAGUCCGGAGGGCAUCGACUCCGGAGAAAGUCUCUCUACUCAGCAGCUCUUUCGUCCUUAAAGGGGAUGCCACCCACAACCAGGCGAUGGUUCACUGGACGGGUGAAAAUAGCAGUGUCCUCCUCAUUCUGACUAAAUAUUACCAUGCAGACUCCAACAAAGUUCUUGAGAGUUCCCUCUGGCGAUCCAGUGAUUAUGGGACAACCUACUCCAAGCUUAACCUGAUGCCUGGGACAACUAUCAUAGUCACAAACUUCUUCAUUUGUCCCACUAAUAAGAAAAAGGUGAUCUUGGUGGGCUCCAACAUUAAUGAACGUGACCAGAUGUUCUUCAUUAGCACGGAUGAGGGCUCUUCUUUCCAACGGCAGCCCGUCUCCUUCUCAGUGGAAACUCUCCUCUUCCAUCCAUCCGAGGAAGACAAGCUCCUGGCCUACAGCAAGGAAACGCAGCUCUAUGUCUCCACUGAUCUUGGACACAAAUGGACUCUACUACAGGAGCGUGUCACUAAAGACAGAGUUUUCUGGGCUAUGACGAAGGUGGAUGUGGAUCCUGAUUUGGUUCACAUGGAGAUUCAGGACAUAAGUGGUGGAUACCUUUAUGUGACGUGUCUCAUCCAAAACUGCUCAGAUAAAAUGGUGACAGCACAGUUCUUGGGAAAGAUUGACCACAACUCCCUCUCCGUGCAAGAUGAUUAUAUAUUUGUAAAGGUAACCACAGGAAAUCGCACCAAGCAUUAUGUCUCGUACCGGAGGAAUGAAUUUGUCCAGAUGAGGUUUCCAAAAUAUGCCCUUCCAAAGGAUGUGCAAAUUGUGAGCACAGAUGAGAAUCAGGUAUUCCUGGCUCUGCAGGAAUGGUAUCAGACGGACACAUACAACCUCUACCAGUCAGAUACACAAGGGGUCCAUUACUCUAUUGUGCUGGAGAACGUCCGCAGCACCAAGCAGCCUGAAGAAAACGUCCUCAUCGACAUCUUGGAGGUUCGUGGAGUUAAGGGCGUAUUUCUGGCCAAUCAAAAAAUAGAUGGAAAAGUCAGGACUCUCAUUACUUAUAACAAGGGCAGAGAUUGGGAACGUCUGGCGCCACCCACAACUGAUAUGAAUGGAAAACCUGUGAACUGCAAGAAGCCUGACUGUCACCUUCAUCUUCACUUGCGAUGGGCUGACAACCCGUACGUGUCUGGAACAGUGCACACUAAAGACUCCGCCCCGGGCCUUAUAAUGGGUGCAGGUAACCUCGGCUCUCAACUGGUUGAAUAUAAAGAAGAGAUGUACAUCACCGCAGAUUGUGGCAAGACCUGGAGGCAGGUGUUUGAGGAGGAACAUCACAUUCUCUAUCUGGAUCAUGGUGGUGUCAUAGUGGCCAUUAAGGACACCUCAAUACCUUUAAAAAUACUCAAAUUCAGCAUAGAUGAGGGACGAACAUGGAGCGUUCACAACUUCACCAGCACUUCUGUAUUUGUGGAUGGACUUCUGAGUGAACCUGGAGAUGAGACACUGGUUAUGACGGUAUUCGGCCACAUAAGUUACCGUUCAGAUUGGGAGCUGGUGAAAGUGGAUUUCCGGCAGUCUUUUCCCAGACAGUGCACAGAAGCUGAUUAUGACUCCUGGAAACUGACUGACUUGCAGGGAGAGAAAUGCAUCAUGGGCCAGGAACGAAUGUACCGGAGGAGGAAAGAAUCAUCAUUUUGCAUUAAGGGAAAGAGCUAUACAUCAGCUCUAAUGGCUAAACCUUGCCAGUGUACAGAAAAAGACUUUGCCUGUGAUUACGGCUUUGAACGUGCUCCCAGCCUCAAGUUAGAGGGUGACCGCUGUUAUCCUGACUUCUGGCAUGAUCCUGACGCUCCACCUGAAAACUGUCAUUUUGGACACAGCUAUAAAUCCAGCACAGGUUACCGGAAGGUCAUCGCUAAUGUGUGUGAGGGCGGCAUGAAUAAAGAAGAGAGCUCAAAGCAGCAUUCCUGCCCUCUGCUGCCCCCUAGAGGCCUGCAGCUGGGUAUUAAAGGACAGAUGUUGGCUGUGGCACCUGGCGAUGACAUCACCUUUAUAGUCCAUCAAGAACAGGGUGACACCACCAGCACCAGAUAUCAGGUCGAUUUGAUGGAUGGUGUCAGGGCUAUAUAUGAAAACCUGACUGUCACAGAUGAACCCAUCCAGCACCGUUAUGAGAAACCUGGUGUUUACAGCGUCAAUGUGAAGGCUGAAAAUUCUGCGGGACAUGACAAAGCCACCUUGUAUAUCCAGGUCACGGCUCCUCUACAGGAUGUUCAUCUUGAGGUUGUACCAAUAGCUGGCAGAAAUCAUGAAGUAAACCUCACAGCUAUAGUGCUGCCCGCUGAGGCAAACCUCACAGUGUUUUACUGGUGGAUUGGAGACAACCUUCAGCCAAAACUGACAUUGGAGAACUGUCUGAUCACCAGAUUUUCCCAAAAGGGGGAAGUUCUUGUGACAGUUCAGGCAUCUAACGGUCGAUCCAUGGUGCAGGACAGCAAGACUGUACAUGUUUAUGAUCAUUUCCAGGUCAUUCCCCUGAGCUUCAGUCAUAAUUUGGACCACUUUAAUCCAAACAUCCCUGAAUGGAGACACGAUGUUGGUCAGAUCGUCACAAAAAUCCUUGCCAAGCUCAUAGGGGUUCAUCAGGAUUCUCUGGUUACCAUGGUGAAGCCUGGUCUUCCCACCACUGCAGACCUGUAUGUUCUUCCUCAGGACAGCACACCACUGAAAAGAAGUGUGUUUGUGGACAAGCGUGUCCCCACCAUAAAGCAGGUUCUGAGCGAGAAGAAUGUGAGCUUCAUCAUAAGAGGAGGACUACAAGUGCUGGUGAAUUUAGCAGAUUCAGAUGGAGCCACAGAAAUAGCUUCAUCCACACAAGGUUCUCGUAUGGGUGCUGCAGGUCCUGGUGUUUGGGCUCUGGCUGUAAUUCUUCUGAUAACUCUGAUCUCUGCCGCAGCAUUCAUACUUUUCAAGUUUAAAAGGAAAAACUACAAAAACCAUGGUUCCUUGCUGAGGCCAAAGGAGAGCAGUCUAACGCAUCCCUGGCUGCGUUUCAGAAAACUGCCAGGACGAAACUUUUACGCCCAGAUGUACAACGAGAAGGAGCAGGAAAUGACCAGCCCUGUCAACCACAGUGAGGGUGAGGAGUUCAUCGAUGAUGACAUGGACUCGCAGACACUAGGUAACGCUGGAGGCAGCCACUCAGGGGUGGUGUUGAGCAUAAAUUCAAGGGAGCUGCACAGUUACCUGACAAGCUGAUGACCAAUGGGAGUGUGCCAGUGAUGAGCACAAUAAACUUUGCCUUCCUGCUCUCUUACUACCCUUACAGGAGAGCGUGCAGAGAAACAACUGCAACAAAGCCUCUCUAGUCCUCUCAUGACCUUCUCCAGCCUCUGUUCCCUCACUCCUGACAGUGGAUUUUUGUGCCCCGGGUGCACUGAUGACCACGUACACUUGCAUACAUGUCGUGUAUGACUGUUUAUCGAUGUUGUUGUCAUCUGUACACCCUGCAGUCUGUCUGUUCUCAAUCCUGUCAUUUCUAAUCGCGGGGCCCCGGGAAGCGGCUCCUACCUGUCACUGCACUUCUUUAUGCCCAGGGACAAACACAUUGAUCAGACUUUUCUUCACUUGUCUUCUCUGUUUCAUCCAUUCUUUGUAGACCGUAUUUGUAAGUGAAUGCUGUACAGAUGUGGUGCGAUGCACAUAGUGAGAAGGAUACGAUUACAUGUUUGAUUCAAGGAAAGCAAUGUUUGUUAGAUAUAGCCAAACGGAAAACACUUAAAAUAUUCUACACAUCACUUUCUUUAAAUGCAAUAACACAACAAAACAGUUGAAUCAGUAAUAAUAUAUAUUUUGCCCUUCUGUGGAUAUGCUAUGCAGUAAAGUCGUAUAUUUUUUGUCUGUGUCCCAUCUGGCUCUAUUUUAGUAACGUAGAGAUUAUUAACAUUAAAGGGAUAGUUCAAUCCCAGUUUUAAAAACGAAAAUUCUGUCAUCAUUUAAUCACUCCCAGAUUGUUCCAAACCUGUCUACAUGCAUUGUUCUGAUAACAACUCAAAGGAAGAUAAUUGGAAGAAUUUUAGUAACUAAACAGAUCUCAUCCCCCAUUGACUUCCAUAGUAUUUAUUUUCCCAACUAUGGCAGUAAAUAUGGGGUGAGAUCUGUUGGUUACUGACAUUCUUCCAAAUAUCUUCCUUUUAUUUAUACAUGUUUGGAACAACUUAAGGGUGAGUAAAUGAUGACAGAAUUUUCAUUUUUGGGUGAACUAUCUCUUUAAUAACAUGGAGUCCAGUGAUGCAAACGAACUUGAUUUUCUAUUCACUCUUAAUAAGGAUGUGCUAGUUAUUAAGUCAUUGUUUGUGUUAUGUUAAUUAGCACAGUAUGUAUCAUUUUAACAAAUUAUAUUUUGUUCUGUGUUGUGUUGUUUUUUAUGUUAAAUAAAUGAAAGGCACAACACAAGGUCAGUUUAAAGUAACUCAAAAUGCUUUGUCUAGUUAUGGGCAACCCAUUUUGUUUGUGUCCCAAUAACACAGAAUGUAUUCUUUCUAACAAAACAGUUUUAAGAGUGUAGCAAGUGAAAGUAUUCAGUAUAAGGUCAAGGAUUCAAAAUGUGGCUCAUCUUGGGGCCCUAAAAAAUAUCCCACCCCAACAAGCUGUGCCUGUAAUAAUUUUGUUUUCCGAGCCUUAUUCACGUCAUGUUUCUCCAGUAACUGCUGUGCCAAAUAUUUGUCUUGUGUCUUUCAGAUCAUAAUCCAUCUUCCUAUGCUUUUUCAUUGCGUAAUGAAACAAUGCAUCAUAAAAAAUCCGAGCUCAUUGUUUAUUGUGUCAUGAUGCUUUGGUGAAGUCUAGCUAAAUUCAUAUUCUCCUUUAUUUAUUCGACUCAUAAACAUUCAAUCUUGACAGGGAGUCCCCACGGAAAGAUCCACAGUGUAGCUAUCUGUCUGAGGAGUUUGGUAGGUGUAGCGUGUAAAAGCCUAUAUUAGGCAUAGAUGGACACGGUGAAGUUCCCUUUGGUUUGGCUUGUACUGUAUAUAGACCAAUGUGUACAUAGAUCUUCACUUGUAUAUAGCCCAUCCUAAAUGACACUUUCAAUAGACCAAAAUGUGCACUGUUUUUCCCUAAAUGCCUCGCACUGGGUUUUCUUGAAGUUCAGCAGUUUACAUGGACGUUACAAUGAUCACUUCUGCAUUGUUUGCGUCAUGUAAUAACUCGACAGUCAUUUCUUAUAUUUGUCUUCACUCAAUGUUAUUUACUGUAGUUAUUCAUAAAUGUCAUUAUAUCAACAUUCGCACUAAACCGUGUACUUGUGUGCGUAUUGAUAUUAUUCAAUAUCAAUGACAUUUCAUAGGUUCAGCUAUUUCAGUCAAAGGCAGCCACUGAAUUAACUGACUACAUACUUCUGAGUGUCUCUGUUGUGUUUGGAAGUGAAUGGAUGAGGGUCUCUCACUUGCACUAACCACAUUGUUGUUGUACAGCUUGUACAGUGUUGUUCCGGGGGGGUUACGGGACCACUUUCUUUUCAUAGAGACUGCUGUCUGUUAGAACCGCACAGAUAUGGCUGAGAAAGACACUGUGUGUCUUGAUCGACUGUAUUUGAACCAGGGGGGAUUGGUUUGGGGGAUCAAAUGCAGUCUGUAUAUUGAUGGUUCGCAGAGUCACUGUUUCUUUAAUGAAGCUUGAGGUAAACAGACUACCGUGUAUUCUUUCAUUUAGAUUGAAAUAAGAUCUUUGCUCAAUGAGUCUCAGCCUAAACCAAAUUGAAAGAUGGCCUCCCUGCUCAGAUGGUGAAGUUAAACUUAAGGUUUAUCAGUAAUAAUACAAAUCUGUUUAUUUCUCUAUGAUGCAAACGACGUGGACUUUUUGCACCAUAAAUCAAACGUAUCUCUUAUUUGUAUUGUGUAUGCACACGUUCAUGGUUAUUUGAGGAUGUGUCAUGCAUAUUUUCAUCCACUUUUAUGUGAAAUAAAGAAAAAGCUUGGGUGUUGUUCUGCAACCGGACACUUCUUUAAUACACAUUGGGAUUCAUGAUUCUCACCUUUACAGACUCACUCGUUGUGGAAAAAGAAAACACAAAUUAUGUUUUUGUUCUGUUUGAUUUGUUCUUGUUUGAUUAUUAUGUAAAUGUUUUUGACUUCACUACAAAAGGUGAAAAGCACUUAAUCAGGGUAAUUUGAAUUCAAACACACCAUAACUGUAUAGGUUUGUUUUGUUAGUUGGAGCUGUUUCAAUAAACUUUUAACAUUGUUCAUGAAGCAGA